GCUACAGGGCCCAGACAAAGUAACAGCAAUUUCUAUGAAAUCCGCACGUAUGAUAUUAAGCCAUCGAAGAUGAAGGAGUUUUUGGAAAUGGUCAACAAGUACCUUCACUAUCGCACAGCUCACUCAGAGCUGGUGGGAUUCUGGUACACGGAGCUGGGAGCCAUGAAUAAGGUGUUCCACAUUUGGAAGUACGAUGAUUUUGCCCACAGAACAGCAGUCCGGCGUGCACUAGCCAACGACAAAGACUGGCAGGGAAAAUUCAUGUCCGUCGCCCUCCCCAUGAUAGAGAAGCAGCACAAUGAGGUUGCUUAUCUGGUACCCUGGUGUCAACUUGGGAAGCCUCCAAAAGAAGGGGGGAUGUAUGAAUGGGUUACUUUCCAGAUGAAGCCUGGUGGGCCAGCAUUGUGGGGUGAGGCAUUUCGAGCUGCAAUCAAUGCUCAUGUCAACACAGGCUAUACCACACUGAUUGGUGUUUUCCACACAGAGUAUGGAUUACUUAACACAGUCCAUGUGUUGUGGUGGAACGAGAGCCCAGAUCACCGGGCAGCAGGAAGGCACAGUGCCCAUGAAGAUGCCAGAGUGGUAGCAGCUGUGCGUGACAGUGUCAGAUUCUUGGAGUCCCAGCAAAAUGCGCUCCUGAUUCCUCUGCAGUGCUCACCACUGAAGUAA